GAGCGUAUAUACACAAUGUGUGGGUAAGAAAAUCUUGCUGUCCAGUGCCGUUUAGCUGAAAGCAGCCACAGCCCUCUAACCUAUUGAUUUCCUGCAGGAGGAGGAUGACCUGAAAAGAGCUCUGUGGAUCUUUCUGUUUUAAAUGUUGGAAUACUUUUUUGUGUUUUAUUUCCACUGAAGAUGUUAAAAACUGAAUUUCUUUAUUGAAAUGUUACUUGCAAAUCUGUCUCUGACCAAUGUUUCUGCUAACCAGCAGUAUCAAGGGGUUUUGGAAAGAGUUUUAUUUUCCACUCUGACUACACUGCCAUGUUGUUUAUUUCUCUGCAUUAAUGGAAUCAUGCUUUUUACUUUAAGGAGCAAAGCUUUGUUCUGUGAGACGUCGCGAUACAUUCUCCUGUAUAACCUUCUGUUUGCAGACACAGUACAGAUGGCACUGAGUCAGUUAUUGUAUAUUAUUGCUGCUUGUAGGAUAACACUAACAUAUCCUGUAUGUGGUUUUCUCACCAUGCUUGCCAAUCUUACGACUGUGGUCUCUCCUGUCACGCUGGUGGUGAUGUCUCUGGAGAGAUAUGUCGCCGUGUGCUACCCACUGAGGCAUGCUAGCAUCAUCACUAUCACCAACACAGGUGUGGCCAUCAUUGUGAUCUGGGCCAUCGGUUCACUAAAUAUCUUGACUCGAGUUCUUCUGCUGUUAGAGUUUCCUUUUGAAGCCCUUGAUAGUCUGCAGAUGAAAGACUUUUGCUCUGAAAUAGCAAUGUCUGGUGGGUCUAUGUCUGAUGAUUACGACAAAGCCUUCACAUGUGCUCUGUUUAUUUCAGCAAGUGUGGCAAUCACAUGCUCUUAUAUUGGUGUUAUAGUAGCAGCCAGGUCGGCCUCCACAGAUAAAGCUUCAGCCCGUAAGGCUUGUAACACACUGCUGCUACAUCUGGUGCAGCUGGGUCUCAGUCUUUCUUCAACCAUUUGUAACCCACUACUCACAGCACUUGCAAGAGUUUUAACAAGGAUAGUGUUUGUGCGCAUCCACAAUGUUUUUUAUGUUUGUAUUUUCCUUUUCCCCAGAUGUCUGAGUUCACUGAUUUAUGGUAUCAGAGAUCAAAGCAUCAGACCUGUGCUCAUAUAUUAUCUUUGCUGUCGACUGAAAUACUCAGUCAUACAGCCGAGACUGAAGGCUGCGAUCGAAGUAGAGUGUUAGUCAGAGUAUACACCACGCUUACAAGCAUACAAACCUCAAAGUACCGUACUGCAAUUCUGGAUAACUCCUUCUGUUACUGACUUGACUUUUGAAUUUUUAUUGAAAACCAUACAGUUGUCAAAUGACACACGUGAGGAAUUGUUUGCUGCUGU